AUGGCAGCCAUUCAACUCUCGCAAGAACAAGUCCAGCAUUUCGAUUGCGAAGGCUAUCUUGUAUUGAGUGCCUAUGAGCAUGGACUUGUCGACCCGUCGUCACUCCAACAAUGGACCGACGAAGUAAGGAAUCUGCCGCGCGAGCAUGGCAAAUGGAUGCCCUACGAUGAGAUCACACCAUCGGGACAGCGUCAGCUUAUGAGGACCGAGAACUUUGCCGACUACCACGACGGCUUCUCAAAUCUGCUCCAUGGCGAAAGCCUGAGGCAGAUCUUGAAACAGCUUACCAGAGAUGACAUGCUUCUCUUCAAGGAUAAGAUCAACUAUAAGCAGGCAGGUGGCAACGGCUUCCAAGCACACCUUGACGCCCCUGCCUACGAUCACAUCGGUCAAAUAGAGCAUACCACCGCUAAUGUGGCUGUCGAUGCUGCGACACUCGCCAACGGCUGUGUCGAGGUAGUGCCCGGCAGCCACAAGAUGAAGGUGGAACUUGCCGACGGUGGCCGUAUCAGCGACAGGUGGGAGCAGGAGCAACGAUGGCUGCCCGUCGAGCUGCAACCUGGCGAUCUCCUUAUCUUUGGUAGCCAUCUUGCGCACCGGUCUGGUCCUAACAACACUGCGAAGCCGAGAGCAAGCGUGUACGCCACCUACCAUAUGGUAUCAGACGGUACAGAUCUGCGCAAGCGGUACUAUAUUGACAGGCGAGAGAAUUUCCCGCCUGACCACGAGCGUGUGCCCGGUAAGGAUUACGGCGCGGGUGUGAAGAGGUACGCAUUCGCAGCUCCGUUCACCAAGGUGAACGAUCAGGUUCAGCCAACCGCUCAAGGAGUAGCCUGA